AUGAGCCGAUCACUGGUCCUAAGCGGUGCGAACCUUGCCAUUGUUGAUAUUCACAACGAAGAGGCUGCCGAACGGGCUAAGGAGAUCAGAGAAGAGUUCCGGCAACUGCACUCGGGACAACCUGUACCCAAUAUCACAGCGCAUUAUGCUGAUGUGGGCAAAAAGUCAGAAGUCGACCAAUCGAUCCGAGAGGUGCUCGAGGAGCACGGAGAAAUCACGAAUCUAGUCACCUGCGCUGGGUAUUGUCAGAACGUAAAGGCUGUUGAUAUGACAUCUGAACAGAUCAAAGCAAUGCUUAGCGUUAAUUUGGAAGGCACGUUUUAUAGUGCUACCGCGGUCGCGAAGUACUUGAUAGCAAACAAAAAGCCCGGAAACAUGGUUUUUAUCGGGAGUAUCAGCGGAAGCAUUGUUAAUGUGCCCCAGCCACAGGCCAUGUACAACUCGAGCAAAGCAGCUGUGCGACAUCUGGCAGCUAGCCUAGCCGUCGAAUGGGCCAGCAAAGACAUACGAGUGAACACCUUGAGUCCCGGUUACAUGAUCACUGAAAUAGCGAUGAAAGCGCCAAUCCUAGCAGAAAAUCCGGGCUUGAAGGCUGAAUGGGAGUCAAAGAUUCCGCAAGGCCGAAUGGGUCCACCAGAAGAAUUGAUGGGAACCGUAGCAUUCCUAGCAUCAGAUGCUUCUAACUAUAUCACAGGACAAGAAAUCAAGAAGUUCGAGUACUUCGCCGCCUCACCCUCUAACUCAUUGAUUGAGGGAUCGGCUGGCUUUUUAUUGUAUGACAGUCACUUUUUGGACAUCCUCAGAAGCAAACCGACUCUUCGCAUAAUUGCCGAGGAUACAACGGGAACGUUCGCCCACGAGGCUGGAGUGUAUAUUCCGGCUACUGACGAUAUAUUCAUCACAAGCAACCAUAUGGUCAAGAACGGGAAGAAAUAUGUUCAAAUCUCUAGAGUGUUCAGAACUAGCGAAACGACUGGCAACACUGAUGACACCAAGGAGCCAGAUUAUCACGUUGAGAUUGUGGAACCAGGGCCGGAUAUCCUUUUGGCAAAUGGUGGAGUAAAUUACAAAGAUGGGGUGUUGUUCUGCGAGCAAGUGUCUCUCACCGAACCUGGUGGUCUGACUUACAUGACCACGCACAUCGACACUAUGACCGGACAGUACCGUAGCACUAAACUCCUCUCGAAUUACCAUGGCCGCUGGUUCAACUCCGUAAACGACGUUGUGGUGCACAGAGAUGGUGGCAUAUGGUUCACCGAUCCGCCGUAUGGGCACGAACAGGGCAUACGCCCUGUGCCGCAAUUACCUGCUCAGACGUAUCGCUUCGACCCAUUUACUGGAAAUGUCAGGGCCGUAGAGGACAGCCUUCAGAAACCGAAUGGCUUGUGCUUCUCGCCCGAUCAGAAGAUCUUGUACAUCACGGAUACCGCGGGCGUUCGAGGAGACACGACAUGUCCGGGGGUCUACUCGCCUGCUAGACCAGCCUCGAUUUAUGCCUUCGACGUGAUCGUUAGUAAUGGUGGUCAAUUCCUUACGAACAAGAGAUUAUUUGCGUUCGCAGAUCGAGGCAUUCCAGACGGAAUCAAGUGCGACCUGGCUGGGAACGUCUACAGCGGAUGCGGAGACGGUGUGCAUGUGUGGGCCCCGGAUGGUACCCUACUCGGAAAGAUAGUGGUACCGGAAGGAUGCGCAAAUUUCUGUUUUGGGCGAAAGAGUGAGCUAUAUCUGCUCAAUGAAAGGCGAAUGUGGAUGGCCCAGUUGUCGCCCACGGUGCAGGGCGACCUCCUAGGACUAUGA